AUGCCAUUGCGAAAGUGGGCAUCCAACUCACCAGAGAUCACCAGCAAAAUCCCGAUGGAACAUCGCGAUACAACUUUACAGAUUGGUGAGAAGCAGGCCAUCAAGUUGCUCGGCCUGGCUUGGUGCCCUACAGAGGAUACGUUCCAGCUCGUAGUCCAAGAUGAGUUCUACGAGCCUUUGGGUUCAUUGGAGAAACGACGUUUAGCAUCCAAAGUUGGCAAGCUGUAUGAUCCUAUCGGGAUCCUCCAACCAGUGAUAGUCACCGGAAAGAUUCUGCUACAAGACCUCUGGCGAGAUGGCUUCGGAUGGGAUGAAGCCGCAUCUCCUCGCAUGAUCGAAAGCUGGAACGGAUUCGCCAGCCACCUGCCGCUUCUCAGACAGCUCCCAAUCCCAAGGAUGGCGCUGCCCAGCGAACCUCAGGACGCGAUCAUGUACGGCUUCAGCGACGCUUCUACGAAGGCUUUUGGAUGCGCCAUUUACCUUCGCUUUCUGGACGGUGAAGGAAACCCGCAAUCUCGGUUGCUGUGCUCCAGGUCGCGACUGGCACCCAUCGAAGAGGUGACUUUGCCGCGACUCGAACUGCAAGGAGCUCUGCUCCUAGCUCGCUUUUAUGCCAAAAUAAAGGACGCCUUUGGCACCCGGAUAAGCCAAACCCGUUGGUGGACUGACUCUCAGGUGGUACUGGCUUGGAUACGUUCCGAUAACACCAAGUGGGGAGUCUACGUUAAGAACCGGGUGGAGAAAAUUCACGCUGCCACGAAUCGUCUGGAUUGGAGCUACGUGCCGACGAAACUCAACCCAGCAGACCUCGUGGCCAGAGGACUUCCUGCCAACAAGCUCAUAAACAGCGAGACUGCGAGUUUUUGGCUGAACGGACCGAGUUUCAUAGUCAAUGAUGAAAGGCCAGUUAUGCCUCAACUAAACUACGUGACUGCGUUGGAGGAAGCUGUCGACGCUCCUCUAUUGUUGACGGCCAUGGUGGGGAACGAUUGUGAUGACUUAUUAUCCCAGUACAAGCACCACAACUCGUUCAUCAUGACAAGACGACAUUUCGCGUGGCUCGGUAGAGCAAUCUUCAACUUACGCGCACCCAAAUCCUCCGUGGAGAAAAAAUCAGGACCCCUUCAACUCGACGAAUUGGAGUACGGACUCCAACUGAUAGUACGGGUGAUGCAAGCUACGUGCUUUCCCAAUGAGGUCAAGGAGAUGCAAGACUCCGGGUCAGUCGCUCCCAAGGGUUCGAUGCAGCAUCUCGACCCGAUAGUAAGGGAUAAGAUCAUCUGUGUGCGGGGACGACUAGGAAACUCAGAUCUGGCUGACGACGCCAAGGCACCUUUCCUAGUACCAAAGUCGCAUCCCUUCUCCCGUGUAAUCAUCCGCCAUUUGCACGAGCACAACUUCCAUGCGGGAACUGAGCUGAUCAUGGCCGAAUUCCGUGCGAGAUUCUGGAUGCGAGACCUGCGGAGAACAGUCGUCGGGGUAAUCUCGAGAUGCGUAAUUUGUGCCCGAGCGCGCCCAAGACAAUAUUCCCAGCAGAUGGGACAGCUGCCGUCUGCUCGCGUCAACGUGUCUCCGGCCUUCACCCACACUGGCGUGGACUUGUGUGGCCCCUUCGAAGUCGUUUCAAGUGCUCGAUCAGGCAAGCGUAGAACGGUCUACGUUUGUAUCUUCGUGUGCUUCACUACCAAAGCCACACAUUUGGAGGUAGUGGAAGAUCCGCCAACAUCGGCAUUCAUCUCGGCUUUACUGCGAUUCGUGUCGCUACGUGGACACGAUCUACUCGGACAACGGCCGCAACUUCACGAUGACACGGCCGGUGUCAAAACUCGCUGGAAGCGAGUCCAGAAACUCGCUCAGCAAUUCUGGUCCCGUUUGCGAACUGAGUACCUUGCUCAGCUACGUUGUAGUGCGAAGUGGACGAAACGCACUACAAACUUGCAGACGGGCCAGAUCGUACUAGUCGGUGAUGACAACCUACCCGUUGGACGAUGGCCCAUGGGCCUGGUCGUCAAAACCUACGUGGGACCCGACGGCGUCGUACGUGUCGCUGACAUACGAACAAGCAGCGGCAUCUACAAGCGCAACGUGAGGCUGUUGGCCCCCCUCCCGGUUGAGGCCGCUGAAACGGAACUAUCCAAGGAGCAUUCGGACGCACCUGACUCUUCCGUACCCGACGCAGCGCCAAACGAACAACUUGAGGUAGCAGCAGCGCAGUGUCCUCCUGACUCGACUCCUGGCUACGUGCCGCCGAUGACCCCAGAGCUUGAGGACGACCCUCCACCUACGUGCGGAAUUUGGGACGGUCGCCUGCGUCCCAAAGGGGGGAGGAAUGGUUGUGGGAAAUAA